AUGGACCACAGGGGAUUUCUCUCACCUUUUUAUCUGCCCCUCAGUGCUAAGAACAAACAGGGAGCGCCUCAGCCUGGCUGUCAAGCCCUUCAUCCAUUCACUGAUGUAUUCAUUCAACAAGCGUCUGCCGGCCGCCUAUCAGGAGAGAGGGAGUUUUCAGAUAAAGCCUCUGGGAAUCCUGAGAAGGGUGGAAGGUAUGGGAAUGGAUGCCGUGGAGUACAGGCUGGCUGGCCGGACAAUGCACAUUUCCCAUUGAGCCAGCAACUCGGAUUUAGGAGCUAGCAGAUGGUGACCGAGGUGCCCUGCUCUCUGGAAGUCCAGGCACCAGCUCAGCUCCACACUCGCCUAGGCCCUGCGAGCAGAAUAAGCUGA